AGGUUAGAAUUAGACCAGAAGGAAUGUACACUAGAUCUAAGUCCACAGAGGGACCGCUCCAGUCCUCCAACAACCCCACUCCUAAGAUAGCCCGUAUAGGGAACCUGCUCAGAAGGUCCACCUCAAUAUUCGAGCGCUCUCCUUCUUCUCCACAGCUCCCCACUCCUCUGAUGAGGAGACUAAAGAGGAACAGAGAGCACUCAGAACUGCUUUCUACAACACUGCCGCUCUCGUCUUUAUCGGGGUCCUCUUCUAUACUUGUACUCAGGUGUUUUACAUGUUAGAGUUCUGUAUAAGACCGCUCCUCUGGGCUCUACUAUUUGGAGCUGUGUUAUAUCCCGUCAAGGAACUGGGGAAACAUCUCAUUAUUACUGGCAUCGACACGCUCACUGAGAGUGGCGUGCCACUAGUGCUGGGUAUAGUAGUGUUACCGUUCUACGCUCUCCAACAGUUCCUACUAUGGGUAGGAGCCGUUACCCUGACAACCUACAAGGAGAUGAUAACGUCCCUCCUUAUUAUCCUUGCUAUUCUCCUCACUGACAUGAUAGACUUUAUAGACAUGUUUACCGACCUAGUAGAGUACAUCUCCCUAACAGCAGGGUACGGACUGGAGACGCUGGAACAGUACAACUAUGUAGUGUGGACUCUAGCAGCUGUUUACCUGGUGCUGGUCUGUGUGUGGUGGGGUCCUAGAUCUGGGGGAUAUUAUCCACUUGUGGAGUGGGUUGCCAUGCCGAUCUGGGCUCUGAUCAUUGCUACCAUGAUAUCGUAUCUGGGACAGUGGCGGGAUCUUAUUGCUAUUUGUGUGUUUUCAGUGUUGGGGUGUGGGACUUAUGCUGCUCUUAUCAGUUACAGAGGGAAUGGUUCAGUACCAGAGGCAAAGGGUUCUAGUGCCAGUACCACUACCGGUACAAGUACCAACACUGGUUCUAGUUGGAAGAUAAAGCAAGUUCGGAUAGAGGAGGAAGGGGAGGAGGUGUUUACCCCAGUUAUAAAGAAGAAAAUGGAUCUGAUUAAGGAGGUGCCUCACUCCAGCAGCACUCCAAACAAUACCCCCGCCCCAUCAGGCUUCAUGACCCCCGCCCCAUCACGCUUUUCAACCCCCGCCCCUAACAAAACCAGGUACCAGACCCCCGCCACUUCCAGACGACCUAUAAAGCAAGCCUCACUGAAGUUCCUGGAGAAUAAUAACAGAAUCAACACUGACAAGUACUUCAUUCUACUCGCUUGGACUGUCCUCUUCACUCUGAUCAGCCGAGAUGUCUUCUUUGUCCUCAGGUUGUCCUGUCUCUUCUGCAUCUUCCUGGCUGCUUGCCAACUCUACAAAUUCCUCGGACUUACUCAGAGACUACAAGAGGGGGUCAGUAAGAUAGGAGGUCUGAUGACCCAGAGUGGUAGCAGGUUCAGUGUGCUCUGUCCUCAGUCUCUGAGAGGUCUUGCUAUUCUCAUGAUGAAGGGGCAGACCGUGGUGCUCGGGGUCCUCAGACGCAGUACUAACCAGGUGGUUUCAGGAUCUAUUGUAGUCCUCAUGAUACUAGCAAUAAUCCUAGUAUCAUGUUUUAUUCUGUACACAGUGCACUCGGAGGUGUUGUAUCUGCUACAAGCAACCUCCUUCUUCAUCAACUCGCACACCUCCUACCACCUCAAGUCUCUAGACAACUCACUCGGGGACAUUAGUGUAGGACUCAGCUCUGCUCACUCUGUCGGCAGAGGGUGGAUAAAAGGUAAGAUAGCAACACUUCCAGAGGGACCUAAAACUACGGAUUUGGAGAAUACUCUGCUCAGUCUAUAUGACAACAUGUAUCAGCAAUGGGUUCAGAGGAAUGUGAGCAGUACUAGAAGUAACGUUACCAUGAACCACCUGAUCACCACAGUCAAAGGGAACAUGAACUCUCUAGACUUACUCUCUCUAAAGUCCCUGAAGUCUAACCUCGCUCACCUUCUCUCUGGUGGGUGCGUGGAGACACCAGGACCGGGUAUUGCUAUCUCUAACUACGUGCUCUGCUCCAAGGGGAUGAUAGUGGACGUGCUCAACUCUCUGUGGACUGUCUUCUCCUCCAACAUGGCCCUCCUCUUCAAACUUGUGUUUAACCUGGCUAGUGGGUUAGUGGAGGGAGGCGCUGCCUUCCUCAACUUCCUGGUUCAACUUGUGGUCUUCAUCACAGCACUCUACUACCUCCUCAUCUACUCAGAUGUGUACUACGCUCCUGUUGAGAUAAUGGCAUCUCUUCUCCCCACUACCGCGGAGAGGGCCGAGUACACCAGCGCUUUAUUCGACGCCACCAGGGGUAUAUUCGGGGCUAGUUUCAAACUGUCAGUGUUCUACACCUGCUACGUGUGGUCCUCCCACACACUGUUUGGUCUGGAGAUGGUGUUUGUACCGGCCCUCCUAGCAGGUCUCCUCUCUCUGGUUCCAGUGGUGGGUGUCUACUGGUCCUCCGUUCCCGGGUUCCUGGUCCUGUGGCUGGUAGAGGACAGGUUCCUCCGGGCUCUAGUCUUUAUACUGCUACAGAUGCUGCCUACUUACUUUAUAGACAUGGCUGUGUACAGUGAGAUUGAGGGAGGUUGGCACCCCUACAUAACAGGACUGGCAGUGGCUGGGGGUAUGUACUACUUCGGGUUAGAGGGCGCUAUUAUCGGGCCUCUUGUCAUUUGUAUUCUUAAGUUUAUCAUUAACUUGUAUGAGUCCGUGUUUGACGAUAUGUCUCAGAAAAGUACUCCUGAUGAUAGAGAUCAGCUGAUUGAGUAAACGAGGGUGGGGGUCUUGUUUUUCUUUUAAUUUACUUCUAUGAAACAAUUUACUGAACAGCUUUAAAUAAAUUAAAAUACCGAACAAAUUUGUUGAUUAUCGCCAAAAUUUUUAUUUCGAUUUCUUUCUGCAUGAUACGUUUAUUCGAUGACCAACGUACGACUUUUUAUUACUUUUACUUUAUGGUUGGUUAAGGGAUUUUGGAUAAUUUUAACUUCAUUGUCAAUUUUAGUAGUUUAGUGUGUCUUUGUUUAUUUUGUCAUAACUUUGUUAUAUUCAUAUUUGUUUUGUUAUAAAUUUCGUAA